AUUGCCUAAACGAGAAGUUUGCAAAAAUAGCUCAUUUUUUUUUGUUUGUUGCUUUUUUUUUAAAAUCAAGUGUGAUCAAUGAUUGAGAAUAGAUUAUGCAAAAGAGAAGAACUACAUUAAGACAAUAAUGUCGGAAUAAAAAUAUUUUGUUUUCCGGUCACACUGGUAGUUAAGUCUUCACAUCUUAGAAGCAUGCUUCGUGGGUUUUGGUUUUCAAAUAUAGAGAGUUGGAAUGAUAAUUGUGAGCUGUAGCAUUUAUAGCAUUUAUAUAAUAAGACGGUGAAGGAUAUAAAAUGGUGUUUAUGCACUGCACUCCAAUCUUCUUCGUUUGGAUGACGACUUCCUCGGGUUUGACCGCCACUGAGAUUUUUGUAAAUUGUAAGCGCUGAAUAAACGAUUGCAUCUACUUUGCACACCAAUUAGGAACAAGUAGGUGGGGGAUAGAGAGAGGGAGAGAGAGUCAACGGCAAUGUGAAGCCUGGAAGCAGAAUUAAGGAAAUGGAAUGAAGAUAACCACAGCAUUCCACUUUCAGCUUUAAAAAUACACCCCUUCUUCCUCAAACCCUUUACUUGUUUUCUGUUCUUCCUUCCUUCAAAACCCCUGCAUGGGAUCCUUCUUGUUCAUCCCUGCUGUUUUCUUAUUCUUUGUUGCUGUCUCUGGUAUUUCUUUCACAGAGUUUAUAUACCCGCCUUUCUCUGCUUCACACUAUCAAUUCAUUGACAACGCUGGUACCUUCUUGUCUUCUCGAAAUGGGACAUUCAGAGCUGCUAUGUUUAAUCCUGAUGCUCAGUCCAACUUCUACUUGAGCAUCAUCCAUGAGGUAUCCAAUACCGUCAUCUGGUCUGCCAAUCGCAAUGCUGCCAUCUCUAGUUCUGGUGAGAUGAAUCUCACGGUUAAAGGGCUUAGCAUUUCAGAUGCGGAUGGCAAUCCCGUUUGGUCAACUCCAGCAUUGAAGUCAUCAGUGUAUGCAUUAUUGCUGAAUGAAGUAGGGAAUCUAAUCCUUCUUGAUCAAUUCAAUGGUUCUCUUUGGGAAAGUUUUCACUACCCAACAGACACGAUUGUUAUUGGACAAGAGUUAUCAGUUGGGUCCAUUCUGGCCAGUUCCAGUGGCGCAACAAACUUUUCAACCGGUGAUUACAAGCUCGCACUAAGUUCUUCUGAUGUGAUACUUCAAUGGCAUGGGCAGACAUAUUGGAAGUUGUCAAUGGAUACACGGGCUUAUAAAAACUCAAAUUACGUAGCUGAAUAUAUGGCUAUCAACAGAACAGGUCUUCAGCUUCUUGGUCUUAAUGGAACAAUGGUCGUGAUUCAGGUGCUCUUGACACCUUCUGACUUUCAAAUCGCUCAGUUGGAUCCCUCAGGAAAGUUUAUUGUCAAAAGCUUUUCUGGUUCACAGUGGAACCAGGAAUUUGUGGGGCCAAUUGAUGGUUGUAGAAUUCCAUUCUUUUGUGGCAGAAUUGGUUUGUGUACAGGCUCUGCAUCAACUAACCCUACAUGUUCAUCAUGUCCAUCAACUUUCCAUGUAAGUUCCCAAGAUAAUGGUGGUUGCCUGCCCAAUAGUCCUUAUUCUCCGCCAUUACCCUGUAACUCAACCAAUAACGGCAGUCAGCUGAAUUCAUCAGCCGUUUCAUAUAUCAAGCUUGGCAACGGUAUGGAUUACUUUUCCAUUCUUUUUUCUGAGCCUGUAAAAUACGGUGUUACUUUGUCCAUCUGUCAAGAACUCUGCUCUAGCAACUGCUCUUGCUUGGGAGUUUUCUAUCAAAAUUCGUCUGGUUCUUGCUAUUUGCUUGAAGAUGAGUUGGGGUCCAUUAUUUCAAAUAGUAAUGCUGAUGUAAAUGAUCCAUUGGGUUACAUCAAAGCCCUUGCCCCAACAGACACUAAUAACAGUAACAAUCCCAGUGCUGGAAAAAGAAACUUUCCUGUAGCGGCUCUGGUGCUUUUGCCAUUUACUGGGUUCUCUCUGUUGGCAGCUCUAGGUUUUCUUCUGCACGGAAGACGGAGACGGGCAAAGGAAAAAGAGAUAAAAUUAGGGAGUUUCGACUCACGUUCUUCAGGAGAUAUGGAUGGCUUCUACAUCCCAGGAUUACCUAAGAGGUUUGACUUUGAAGAACUUGAAGUGGCUACAGAUAAUUUUAAGACCCUGAUUGGGUCUGGUGGGUUUGGUGCUGUCUAUAAGGGAAUUCUACGUGAUAAAACUGUCGUAGCUGUAAAGAAGAUAACAAAUGUAGGAGUUCAAGGGAAAAAAGAUUUCUGCGCUGAGAUUGCAGUGAUUGGUAAUGUUCACCAUGCCAAUUUGGUUAAAUUGAAAGGGUUUUGCGCCCAAGGCAGACGUCGCCUUUUGGUCUAUGAAUAUAUGAAUCGUGGCUCGCUUGACCGGACACUUUUUGGUAGUGGACCAGUCAUAGAAUGGCAAGAGAGACUUGAUAUAGCUCUAGGGACAGCGCGUGGGCUCGCAUACUUGCACGGUGGGUGUGAUCAGAAGAUUAUCCAUUGUGAUGUAAAGCCAGAGAACAUUCUCUUGCAGGAUCAUUUUCAGGCAAAGCUUUCAGAUUUUGGCCUUUCAAAGCUUCUCAGUCCGGAACAAUCCAGUCUAUUUACAACUAUGAGAGGCACUCGUGGCUAUCUGGCACCAGAAUGGCUAACUAACUCUGCAAUCUCAGAAAAAACUGAUGUCUAUAGUUUUGGAAUGGUACUUCUAGAACUUGUCAGUGGAAGGAAAAACACACUAAGACUGCAAAGCCAUAAUCUGAAUGACAGUAGCAGCGGUGGUGGUCAGUCAUCAUCGUCAUCUGGGUCAGGACCUGUUUAUUUUCCAUUGUUUGCACUAGAGAUGCAUGAGCAAGGGAGGUACUUGGAACUAGUUGAUCUAAGACUGGAAGGACGGGUGACAAGUGAAGAGGUGGAGAAAUUUGUGCGUGUUGCAUUAUGUUGUGUUCAAGAGGAACCAGCACUCAGGCCAAAUAUGAAUACUGUUGUUGGCAUGCUGGAAGGUGGCAUCCCUUUGAGCCAGCCAAAUUUUGAUUCGUUGAAUUUCUUGCGCUUUAUUGGACGUCGAUUCACUGAGGCGUCUAUGAUAGAAGAGGGAACUGAGAGAAAUGAUAGAGUGCUGUAUCAAGAGUCAAAUUCUUUUCCUACGCGGACAACAAUUGGCUCGCAUACUUGCUUUUCUUACGUCUCUUCACAGGAGGUUUCAGGCCCAAGAUAGUGUUAACUAGUUGAGUAGCUUGUGUAUAGUCAAUUGUGGAUGGGAAGUAAAUGGUUUUGAUUUUGUAUUUAGAUGUUUUUUCUUUUUUGACGUUGUAUUGGAAUCUACUGUAUAAUUCUUAUAUCUUUCCACAAGGCUUCAGGGUAUCCUAAAUGGCUGUAAUUUAAGAGUUUUUUUUGAGCAAGUAAUAAUACAUAAUUGUGUGGAAA